AUGUCAAAUCAGUUCACCACGCCAUGGAAGAAUUCGGAGAAAAUCGUCCUUUUGACCAACAUUAUUCAGAGCGCCGGCAACGAUGUCCCGUUGUAUCUUCUGCAGGGAAUACUAGAGCACAACAUGCAACCCAAAUGGCCCGAUAUGGCGUUACCCGAAGGCCGCUCGCUCAAUGCGUGUCAACAGUACUAUGAAGACAUGGUGCGCAAUUUACGGCAUCCACGAUCGUUCUCUGCAAUUGGUCCCACAAGCUAUGCGCAACCACCCUUGUUGGGACCACACCCGCCCACGAGAGCAGUAUCCGAACAUGACUUCAACCCGGCACCAACUCAACGCACACUCCAGCCUCGUCCCCCUCGGACAACAGAUUCACCUCUUCCUGCGAGUACGAAUGGAGAGGCCUUCACCAUCUUACGACCUUUUGCGCCAGAACUUGGGGUGGAACGGCGCAGAAAGCGUGGUCGACCAACGAAAGAGGAGGCUGAGGAACGCGACCGGAGGCUGGCAGCAACAGGUCAGACCUAUGAACCAAAGAAGCGACCAGCAAAGAAGCCUAGACCGUCUGACACACCGCACUCUUUAUCCGAAACAUUUUCGACGAGGUCACCCGGUGUGGAGACUCCGUCGGCGUCACGUACUGAUCCUCAAGAGGAAACUUCUAGUGGAAAGAGAAGAAAGCGUUACCAGAAUUACGAUGAUCCGCCGUCGGGGCUACAGCCUAAGUCUCCACUAGAGGACUCUGGGAAUGAGAGGAGUAUUGAUGUGGCGCAAAGUCCGUCUGAUAGAUUGCUACUGCGGUCGAACGAACGAACACAAGCGGUCACCGCGGUCGCGCGAGAUCUUCAUCAACAGGUCAAUAGCCCGCAACUCGAACUCAAACAAGAUCCGGACCAGCGACAAGAAGGGUCUAUCAAUAGUGCUUCUCCUUCCGUCUAG